AUGAAACAGCAGCAUUUUCAGCCAACGUCAACAUCAAAUACUGCCGGACAUCAUCCUCCCAAGAACUCCGAUCACCCUCCUGCGUCUUCCGCGGCACACCAGAUAGCGCAACACGCCUCGCUGGUGCCGCAAAGUGCUUCGCCCCAGACGGCUUCGCUGCUGAUGGCCGAACUGGCCAAGCCGAUCUCCCAGACAGACGAGGCGGGCUAUAUCUACAUGUUUUGGCUUACGCCAGAGUCGGGUACACCUGCACCAACGGCCUCGGCUGCCCGCUCUUUGUUGGUGCCGUCAGGACAGCCAAUAACCGGAGGGCAACGCCGUGGCAGCGACGUGCUAGAAUCAUACGCAGCUGCACAACCAAAGACAAGAGGCGUUGGUGGUGGCGGCGGCACAGGUACACUACUCCUCAAGAUUGGGCGUGCCAACAACGUCCAGCGGCGGCUGAAUGAGUGGAAGCGGCAGUGUGGGUACGAUCUAUCCUUGAUUCGGUACUACCCUUACAUUUCGUCGGCCUCGGCUACUUCUGGCGACGGAGAUCCCAGCACAGCUCUGCCACGCAAACUACCGCACAGCCACAAGGUCGAGCGGCUGAUUCACAUUGAGCUUGCUGGCCGGGGGCUACGGAUCAUGGACGGGGAAAAAUGCCCGGCUUGUAACAGAGAGCACCGUGAAUGGUUUCAGGUGGAGGCCACUCGCAAGGCGGUGAUGGAGGUGGACGAGGCCAUUCGGCGCUGGUCAGAUUGGGACGAGGGCCGUCUACGGGGAGCCAAGUGA